AUGGCGGCGGUGCGGGCCGCGCUGCUGGCGCCGCUGCUGGCGCUGUGCCGGGCCGGGCCGGGGCCUGCGCCCGCCGCCCGGGUGGAGGUGGCGGUGACCGGGCCGGGGCCGGGGCAGGGCCCGGGGGAUGGCGGCGGCAGCGCGGCCGCGGGGCCCGGAGGCUCCUACACACUGCGCGGUGCCGUGCUGGGAGCGGGGGGGCCGCGGGACGAGGAGGAGCAGGAGGAGAUCCGCGGGCGGCUGCUGCUGGUGGGGGACGCGGAGCCCGAGCUGGGCGCUGCCGGCAGCUGGAUCGGGGUGGUGCCGGUGGGCGAGGAGCCGGCGGAGCUGCCCCGCGGCGCCCGCGAGGAGUCCUUCACCACCGCCGUCGUCAGCAAGAUGAAGCGAGCCCUGGUUCUGGGGGCCUCGGCCCUGCUCAUCCUGGCACUGAACCAGAAUGCCAUCCGGGAGCUGGACGUGUCCCAGCUUCUUGCUAAGCCCGUGAUCGUGAUCCAGUCCUCGGACAACGUCACCAGGCUGCUGGGAGCGCUGCUGCGGGGGCUCCGGGCAACAGCCAAGAUCACGUACCAGGCGGUGCUGCUGGAGAAUCUGGGAGUCACCCUCACGCUGUGGUCAACCUGCGGCCUCUCCCGAGGGGGCCUCUACGGGGAAUGGCAGGGGGUCAUCUGCACCGGGGAGAACAGCUCACAGGUCCAGAAGUACCUGCAGCAGCUCUGGAACACCAUCCUGCUCAUCGCCCUGCUCCUCUGCACUGGUGUGAUCGUGCAGGCCCAGCGGCAGUCACGGCAGGACCUGUCGGAGCAGGAUGCUGAGCUGGACCUCAAGCAGCUCAUCCACCGGCGGCUCUCAGCGCUGAAAACACGGCGCUACCACCCCGGCAAAGCGCUGCGGAGCCGCACCUGCGAGAUCGAUAGCUGUGCCGUGUGCUUGGACCAGUUCCACAAGAGCCAGUGGCUGCGGGUGCUGCCGUGCUGCCACGAGUUCCACCGGGACUGCGUGGACCCCUGGCUCCUGCUGCAGCAGACCUGCCCCCUCUGCAAGCGCAACAUCCUGGGGAACUGCUGCCCGGAGAGCUAGCUGGCCUGGUGGCAGGGCUCCAGGGAUGGACCCAUGGGUGCUCCGGGGAAGGGCAGGGGGUGCUUGGGCAGCAGCCCUCGCUGCUGGUAUGGGCUCAGCACCCAUCACACCCCGAAGGAGGAUCCUGGGGGGCUCUCCUGAAUGAGCAUGAGUAGAGGG